CGCCACCCGGAGCUUUGGAGGACGCUGUCCCCUUUUAUCUCAAAGCUGUUUGCCGGAGUCCAGUGUCUGCAGGAACCGCCAUAUUGUCAUCCUGGAAGCGCAGAGAGCUUCAUCUUGAUCAAGAUUUUGCACGUUGAUGAUGGUGUGAGACAGGUGAUCAGGAGAACAGUGCCGUCACCUCCACAUCCAGACUAUGUCGGGUCCAGUCACAAGUCGAUCCAGAGUUUACCCCGACGUGAACACACAGCGUCCCCGGGAGUACUGGGACUACGAGUCACAUGUUGUCGAGUGGGGGAAUCAAGACGAUUACCAGCUGGUGCGAAAACUCGGCCGAGGCAAAUACAGCGAGGUGUUUGAGGCCAUCAACAUCACAAACAAUGAGAAAGUAGUCGUCAAAAUACUGAAGCCAGUAAAAAAGAAGAAAAUCAAACGAGAGAUUAAGAUUCUAGAGAAUCUUAGAGGCGGCCCUAACAUCAUUACACUUCUAGACAUCGUCAAGGAUCCCGUGUCUCGGACACCAGCCCUUGUCUUUGAACACGUAAACAACACAGAUUUCAAGCAAUUGUAUCAAACACUAUCAGACUAUGACAUCAGGUUCUACAUGUACGAAAUCUUAAAGGCCCUGGACUACUGCCACAGUAUGGGAAUCAUGCACAGAGAUGUCAAACCACAUAACGUCAUGAUCGACCAUGAACACCGAAAGCUUCGCCUGAUAGACUGGGGCCUGGCGGAGUUCUACCACCCGAGCCAGGAGUACAACGUCCGAGUCGCAUCCAGAUACUUCAAGGGACCUGAGCUGCUGGUAGACUACCAGAUGUAUGACUACAGUUUAGACAUGUGGAGUUUAGGGUGCAUGCUGGCCAGUAUGAUCUUCAGGAAGGAGCCCUUCUUUCACGGACACGACAACUACGACCAGCUUGUACGAAUUGCGAAAGUCCUGGGCACAGAAGACCUGUACGACUACAUUGACAAGUACAACAUCGAACUGGACCCCCGGUUCAACGAUAUUUUGGGCAGACACUCUCGUAAGAGGUGGGAGCGGUUCGUUCACAGCGAGAACCAGCACCUGGUGAGCACCGAAGCCCUGGACUUCCUGGACAAACUGCUGCGCUACGACCACCAAGCCCGCCUGACGGCCCGGGAGGCCAUGGAGCACCCCUACUUCUAUCCCAUCGUGAAAGACCAAGUGAGGAUGGGUUCAGGAUCGGGGAUGCCCGCUGGCACCACCCCCGUCAGCUCCUCAAGCAUGAUGGCGGGCAUAACGUCGAUGUCCUCCUCACAGCCUCUGGGUAACAUUGCUGGAUCACCGGUCAUCUCCUCUACGAACACCCUGGGCACGCAGGUCCCAGCAGCCACCGGGGCACAGCCGUAACGGGAGCUCCCGCUCCGCACCUCCUCCCUCUUUUUGGUACCACCCGACUUGAAGUGGGUCUCAUGUAGCAUUCGUAAUACCUUAAUAAGUGCUACGUAACGUGUCAUAACCUUACAAUUGUCCUUACAUAACACAACUUUACAUAGCCUCGCGCGUCAUGAGCAUACAUCGACACGAGCACUUUAUAGCGGCUGGUUUUCACUGGACGUGUGACGUGCAACGUUUUCACUGGUUUCUUAAUGCCCGUCAUCACACACUUCAUGACAUCACGGCGGUCGCUGUAAGCUGAUCUCAGUGUUUAUGUAUGCUUAUGACUAGGGUUAUGGCCUUUAUUUAGAGGUUAUAAAAGUGCUAUGAAGACCCACUUGGAGUGAAGUGUAACCCUCUUUUUCAUGUGCUCAGUCUGAAACAGGACUGAGGCUGCCCUAGACGGGCUCUCUUUUUAUGUUGAGUAUUAAAAAAAAAAAAAGAAAAGAAUUAGGUUCCUCGUUUUCCGUACAAUAAUUCUAUAUUGACAUUCGGGCACACAACAGAGAUUUUACGUUGCACCUGUGUCUGGAUGAAUUGUUAACUGCGUUCUCUCAUGAUGACUGUGUCUAGAAAUGCAACUACAAUGUAGAAAAUAAGAAGAAAAAAGGAUAAUAAAAUUUAUUUUGUAUGUCCCUAAAA